AUGAGCGCAGCCAUGCGAAGGACCAGUGGGAACGAGCUUUGCGUCCGCACCUUCCUGCUCGUGCCCGUGGCGGCGGUUUGCCUGCUGUUGGCCCGCGCCGCGCUGCUUAUGUGGUUCUACAGUUCCCCGCUGGUCGUGGCACUCUCCCCGGCCGCGGAGACGGGAGCGGGAGCCGGAUGGGCGGGAUCAUCAGGACUGCUCGACCGCGUGCUCGCGCUCGGCCCGAUCGAGCACGCACGACCUCGUCACCCACGACGACCAAAGGACGAGGCGGCGAUGUUCGCGGUACACGUCAGGCGAGGUGACCCCAAAAACGACGGGAGUCAAGCAGGGGAGGUGGAGAGGCUCGCCGCUCAGAGGCUCGCGAGGGACGACGGCGCGGAGAUGGAGGUUGGUGACGGACUCAACAUCGUACGCGCGCACUUCGUGUACGAGAACGACCUGACGGAUCCCCUCGAACCCGACGAGGUCGAGCGGUGGCUCGGUGGCGCGCCGGGCUCUGACUCGUCCAGGCUCGUCGAGGCUUCCAGGCGUCGAGAGCGCGACGCCGUGGGCGAGGCUUUCGACGAGUUCAGCGGCAUCUACGGGGCAGCCGUCAAGACCAAAGCAAUCCGGUGGUUGCACGAGUCUCCGUCCACGUACGACCGCGCGUGGGUGAUCGAACCCGACGUUGUCUACACCGGACGGUGGGCCGAGCUUUUCGCCUUUUACGACGAGAAAUAUCCACGCUCGGACCUCGUAUCAGUAAACAGCACCCACAGCACCGGAGGGUCGAGCUGGGCCCACGCUGCGGAGUGCACGCUCUGCUCAGAGGGCGAUGGACGGUGGCAGACGGCGUUCCUGCCGGUGUUCAGGAUAUCUCGAAGGCUCGCGUCCGCGGUUCUCGAGACCCUCCGCUCCAACCGCACAGGUCACCACGAGGCUCUCCUGCCAACCGUGUGCGAGAGACUUUCGUGGUGCGAGUGGACCAGCAUCAGCCACGGGGACAUAUACAGGUACCGUCCAUUCAUUGCGUUAGACGAGGCGGAGCAAAGCGCGAAGCCCGGAAGGCUGUACCACCCGGUCAAGUCCGCUGAUGUUUUAAGGGCGCUGGCACGCGUGGAGGAGGUUUGA